AUGGAGCUUCUCCUACAAUGCAUCUCUCCCUCCCCUCCUCUCCUCACCCCCAUCUCGCACUUAUCCCUCCGGCGAUCUAUUCGUUCCAAGUUCUGGAAUAAAGGCAACGCCUUGGCAGCGACGGCGAGGCGGAGCAUGGUAGUGAUGGCCGAUGCGCGGCCGGAGAAGGAAAAAUUAGCGCCGAAAGUGGAGAAAAACGAUAACUUGGAGCCGGAGGUGGAGAGACUGACGGCGGAGGAGUUGGAAAAGAUCGCGGAGGCGGUGAUGGAGGGUAAGGAUGAGGGGCGUACGCCGUUGGAUUACGAUCGGAGGGCCAGGAUCUUUUGCCAGAGUUCUCGAGUCUUUAGGGAUGUUAAUAAGGUUUCUAGCUUGAAGCCUUAA